AUGCGGAAGCAAGCUCAGAAGGGAGCUUGGCAAGGAGCGCAAAUCUUUCGUCUGAGGGAGAGUGAAGAUCGAUGCAAAGAGGCGCGCUUUUGGAUUACGUGGACUCAGAAGCCUCCUUCGCUCUUGAAGAAUCCCGCGAAGAUACCUUGGCGACUGAAAUUUGAAUUCGAGAAUGCUGUCCCCCUCGGCAGGAUUUCACAGCAGGACGCCAAAAAGCCCCGAAAAGCGACUAUUUUAACCUUAAAAAGUUUAUUGAAGGUUUGCAAACGGGCCAACCAAAACCGGCGGGCCACAGUUGCAACCAGUCCGCUCUUGGCAAACCUUCGAUCCGCGUCCGAGCGCCGCUACUGGUCGGCCGGGUGGCUUGGCAUUUCCACCGUCCGCCGUCGAAACAUCCGAUCCGGAAGGGGCUGCUGGCCAAUCAGCGUGCGGGCUUUUGGCGUGUCUCACGCAGUUGUCGCCUGUACGACCGGCAGUUACGCACACACACGCCAACACCCGCGGCAGCACAGCUCGUCGCUCGUCGCUCGUCGCAUCACCGGCAGCCAGAUAAAAGACCCGAUCCCACUGCUCAAGAGGUACGCUCGGCUGUUUGGUCGGGAAGUUGACUGCGUAAAACGUGGUGUGAGAGUUCUGGUGGAUCCAAAUCUGGUUUACCUGGUCUGCGUUGCCCUGUCCCACUCAAACCCCAGAACAGAUCCCAACCUGACCAACUGGAGUCUUCCCACCCCCCGCAAUGGACCGUGCUGUCAAUGCAGUCAAGUUAAACUUAUGAACGGAGUACUACAUAUGUAG